CCACUGUUCUGUUGUUGGUUUGUGGCACACGCUUACUCUCCACACCGUGGGGUCCCGUUACCGUUACGAACCUCCACUCUACGGCGCAGCUGUGGCGUCACCUGGAAGUAGUCCUGCUGGGCGGGAUGACCGGAACAACAAGAUGGCGGAGAGUGAAGAGUUUCGGAUGCUUAAAGGUCACAUAUACUGAGGAAUUGUAAGGAAAAAGGAUAUGCACAUAAGGACAAUCCAGCAUGGAGCAUUAUAUCGAAGGGAGUCAGUCCUGUAACCCAGACUUCAGCCUGUUGAGUGGUGGAACAGCCCUGUGGCACGACACCAAAACCAGCAUGAAUCUCCAGCAGCCAGCACCUCUCAUCCCCCCCGUCCACCCAGAUGUGCAGAUGAAGCCCCUCCCCUUCUAUGAUGUGCUGGAUGUCCUAAUCAAACCUUCAAGUCUAGGAGCAAGUCCUGCACAGAGGUACCACCAAGAAAAAUAUUUCAUCUUUGCCUUGACACCACAGCAAGUUCGUGAAGUAUGCAUAUCCAGGGACUUUCUACCAGGUGGCAGAAGGGACUAUAUGGUUCAAAUUCAACUGAGGUUUUGCUUGUCAGAGACAAGUUGCCCUCAAGAGGAUAACUACCCAAACAGUCUUUGUAUAAAGGUCAAUGGGAAACUUUUUCCUUUGCCAGGUUAUGCACCACCACCCAAAAACGGCGUGGAACAGAAGAGACCAGGAAGACCUUUAAAUAUUACCUCCCUUGUUCGACUCUCAUCUGCGGUACCCAAUCAGAUUUCAGUCACAUGGGCACCUGAAAUUGGAAAAACCUAUUCUAUGUCUGUGUACCUGGUGAGACAGCUGACAUCACCACUGCUCCUGCAGAGGCUGAGGAUGAAAGGCAUCAGAAACCCAGACCACUCCAGAGCACUAAUUAAAGAGAAGUUGACAGCAGAUCCAGACAGUGAGAUUGCUACAACAAGCCUUCGCGUCUCACUCAUGUGCCCGCUGGGAAAGAUGCGACUUACGGUGCCAUGCCGGGCGGUGACCUGCUCUCACCUGCAGUGUUUCGACGCUGCCCUCUACCUGCAGAUGAAUGAGAAGAAACCCACGUGGAUCUGUCCUGUGUGUGACAAGAAGGCUGCAUACGAGAGUCUCAUCAUUGACGGUUUAUUCUUGGAGAUCCUGAAUGACUGCUCCGAUGUGGAUGAAAUCAAGUUCCAGGAGGAUGGAACCUGGUGUCCCAUGAGACCAAAGAAAGAGUCAGUCAAAGUCCCCUCUCAGUCAAUUCCAAAAGUUGAGACCUCAGCUCCUUUACGCCAGUCUUCAGUGGUCACCAACUCUACGGAGCCCAGCUCCACCAAGAAGGCGGAUGUGAUUGACCUGACUCUGGAAAGCUCCUCCUCCUCCUCCUCCUCCUCUGAUGAAGAGGACACAGACCCUCCACUGAAGAAACGCUGCGUUUACAUUUCCAAGAGCGAGGAUAUGCAUGCGAAGGGGGUGUUGACCUACCAGCCCACUGUGCGCGUGCCAAACGUCCAGGCCCUGGAUCCGUCGUAUCUGACCUCUACGCUCGCUGACUAUGCAGUCCCCUUCCACCCAUCCACCCUAGCCACCAUCCCAACAGACAUGCAGAGUCUGGAUUUGUUUUCCUUAAUUCAAGCAGAUCCUCAGCAUUACCGGCCACAGAUGUUUCUGGACAACCUGACGAGCAGCAUGCAGAGUGCAGCCGCAGCCAGCACCAGCUCAGCCCUGGUGUCCUCCUCCAGCAGCCACUACGACACCAGCAGCCACGCCGCCAGCUCCCUCCACGAGACCCGGGUCAUCACAGGGGGAGGGGGUGCUGGAGGAGGGGCUGACAGCGGCAUAUCAGAUAUAAUUUCACUAGACUGAGCCACGUCUCACUGGACCUUUUCAGGCCUGUUUUCUGUGGCCUUUUUAGUGUGGACUACGUGUACAUGCCAUGUUGAGUUUUACACAAGAGCACCCAGAUUGGUAUACAUGAGUUCUUUGAUGGCCUGGACAUUUUCAUGAUGUUAAAAACUGUAUCCAGGCAUGUUUUCUUGUUUUUUUAUACUUGCAAAUGGGUUUGGCAUCCUAUCUGCUAUGGUAGGACGAUAAAUGGUUUGAUGCCCAAGGACAAUAUUGUAUGUCAUUGUAUUGUCAUUUCUCUUGAAGUACUCUUGACUUUAACAUUUCAUUUGGAUUCUGAUUUGGAAAUAUUCUCAUGUGCUGCCAUACUUACCUUAAUCACAUUCGAUCUAAACAAUGGGAAGGAUUUAGCAUUGGUUAAGUCCAAUUUUCCCUGGUGUUUUAGCCUUGGUUUAGUGCAAUAUUCACUGUUGUUUUAGCCUUGGUUUAGUCCAAUAUUCCCUGGUAUUUUAGCCUUGGUUUAGGCCAAUGUUCCCUGGUAUUUCAGCCUUAGUUUAGUCCAAUAUUCCCUGGGGCACGUUUAACCCCGACAAAACAGCAAAACGUUUAUUUAAACUGAAAUGUAAUUGUUUAGUCCAAUAUUUUCCCAUUGUUAUAGCAUUGGUUUAGUCCAAUAUAUCCCCAGUGUUUUAGAAAUUGGUUUAGUCCAGUAUUUCUCCAUUGUUUUAGCCUGGCUUAAGUCCAACAUUUCCCCAGUGUUUAACCUUGGUUUAGUCUCUGUAUCCCUCUGGUUGCUCUCUUUACCCACCACUCAGAGUCUGCUCUGUGCCAUUGUGUGUCGGGCAGGGAGCAGACACUCGGUGGUAUCGGUGGAACUGGCAAUCCUUUCACAUUACAGGGAGUCAUUUUAUUUUAGUCUUCUUAUAAAAAAUAUUGCCCGGGGAACUUUAAUCAGUAGUAUGCCAUCGUACAGUAUCAUUAUGACAUGAGCAGCUUUUGGCCACCAAUAUAUAGGUGUAGAAAUAUUACAAUAACCCUUCCAUGCUCAGCUCUGUAGAGGUUUUUCUGGCAGAAAGAUGUCUGUUAUACUUUUUUCCCCCAGUUGUUCCAGUGUUGGAAAUAUUUAGAGCAUUGAACUCCUCAUUUAUACCGAUUUGUUUCUUUGAACAUACAUGGGACUCUGACUUCAGCCUCUCCUGGCCUGGUUAGCAUGGAGCAGAGUCAGGACGGAUGGAAGACGAGCGUGAACUCACUGCUCUCAGCAAGACUUUGUUUCACACAACAACCAUGCAAGCAAACUAAUGGUUAGAUGAGAGACUGAUAAACAUACUGUUGACUGUGAACAUGGUCGGCAGGUCAGUAAUUGAGAUGUUUUCAUUGGUUCUGACAGCUGUCAGUUCUUCAAUGAGGUUGAUUACAGGGCAGCUUUCAUGGCAAACCAAUGUAAAAUGUUCCUUUUGUCAUUUAGUCAGAGCAAUAAUAAUUUAACUCAUGUUUGGUUAAAUAAAGUUGUAAAUGUAGUUCAGAUACUGCAUAAAUAAUUCUAAGCUGGUAUGCUCUGCCUCCCAAAUUGGAUCCCUUUUUUUGUGUAUGGUCGGUUUAUUGGCUUAUAUAAGUUGUAAACAUGAUUUUGAAGAGAAAUAUACUUAAAGCAAUAGUUCAGAACUCAGGCGAUUAUGCUUAUUUGCGGUGAUAGAGAUGUCCAGAUGGAUAUCAAUCUAAUUUCUGUAAGUACAGACCUGGAGUCAGGGCAUGGUAAGCCUAGCUUAGCAUGGCUGGAAGCAGGGCACUGUCCUACUGACACCUUCAAAGCUCACUGAUGAAUAUGUCCCAUUUGUGUGCUCCUUACACAAACGGAAGUGUAUGAACUACAGAUUGUGUUUGCCCAAAGCUAGCUGUCUCCUCCUCUGUCCAGUCUUUAUGCUAAGCUAGGCUAACCACGUCCUGACUCCAGCUCUGUGCUUAAAACAGACAUGAGAUUAAUAUUCAUUUUCUCAUCUUAUGCUCAGAAAGUCAACAAGUGUAGUUCCCAAAAUGUUAACUGUUCCUUGCGUUUAUCAGUUUUGACUCGCAUACGAAUCAACUUUAUUAUCAGUUUACACUGAAAUUAAUUUUGUGUUUCCAAGCAGCUCCGCUCCAAAAAAAAGAAAAGUACACACGUUAGACAAGCAUGAGACGGUUCAGUGAAUUUUAACGUAAUGUGAAUGAAAGAAUAUGUUUGCCUCAAAGUUGGUGCAAAAUAUCCGAAAAAGUUCAUGCUGCCAAAAGUCAGAUUAUGUUCUCUUCAGUUAAUAUUUAAAAGUCCUCUCUGUAAUUCCUCUGAGUGCUGGCCUCUGCUGUAUUUCUUUGUUGUAUGUUGAUGAUGCUGUGUGUUAGUUUGGGAUGGAUGUACAUGAACAUUUCCUUUCUCAAAGUUGUCACCACUUAGUACGAUAAAGAAGGAUACACAAGGCAGCUACUGUAUCACACCUACA